UUGUGCUACUGUAAUUGGCAUUUAAGCAUUGUAGAAGAUCAUACAAAGUGAUCGAUCGUUGAAACAUAUUCGCGUUAAAAGUGUACAAACGUAUUAAUAAAGUGGUUAACGAACUAUCGAUAUUGAUUUUGUUACGAUAGGUGAUGCAAUAAAUCGAGAUUCCGGAAAAAAUUCUACGUCAUCAAUUUCUAUAGAAAACAUCCCUUAUCGCGUAGGUGUCAUAAAACUAAUAAUUAAAAUCAUUGAUAAAGGCAAGAUAAACUAUUUUUAACUUCCAAGAAUUAUGGUAGAUAUACGUAAAGAUUACACAAAACUGAAGGAUGUGAGUGAACAUUUCACAGAGGAGACAUUAAGAAAGAUAAUUUCUACUAAAUUAAAUGGGGAAUAUCAAAGUGGAGAAACACAUGUAUGGGAAUGGGAAUUUGAUAAAGCAAAUGCUAAGGGUGACAACUACUUGUCAACUGUUUAUAAAAUUAAAGUUACUGGAAUUACUGGCGAUAAAAAGGACUUUUAUUAUUUGGUAGUGAAAUCACUGCCAAAAAAUGUAGGGAGAAGAAAUACAUUUAGAAGUGUAGAAUUCUUUCAAAACGAAAUUAUGUUCUAUACAAAAGUGAUUCCAAAAUUUGAAAAAUUCUUGAUAGAUAAGGGACAAGAAAAAAUAUUAUAUACACCGCGUCAUUUAGCUUCUUGUAUGGAUGGAGAAAAUGAUUAUAUAGCGAUGCAAGAUGUUACUUUUUUGGGGUAUGAACCCCUAAGUAGACAAAAUUCUAUGAAUGGAGAUCAAUGUGCAGUGAUUUUAAAAACCAUAGCAAGGUUUCAUGCAAUUUCUUUUGCAUACAAAGAUCAAAAAAAAGAAGAAUUUACAGAAUUAAUGGAAAACUUACGUGAAACAUAUUUCAGUAAAGAUCACUGGAAUUGGUACAAGAGAUUUCAUAAAACGAUAUCGGAUAUUACUAAAAAUGCAUUAGCAAUAGAAUACCCUGGCAGUGAAGCAGAAAAACGUUAUAAUUCUCAUAAAUUCGGUGAUCUAUAUCACAUGGCUGCUGAAUUUUGUAAUCGUAAAUAUCAACCAACAUCUGUUAUAUGUCACGGUGAUUGCUGGGCUCCAAAUUUUUUAUUUCGGAAAGUCGACGAAAACCACGCUACGAUGCUCGAUUUUCAGUUAGCAAGAUGUGCAAGCCCAAUUGUAGAUCUAUCGACUUGCAUUUAUGCUUGUACAGAGAAAACACUUUGGGACAAACAAUUUGAUGAAUUGUUAAAGAUUUAUUACAAUGAGCUUUCCGAUACUAUUACUUUACUUGGUUCGAAUCCUGAAAGCCUAUAUUCAUGGGAUACAUUUAUGAGCGAGGUAAAGGAACAAUUUAUCUUUGGUGCAAUAUUUGCAAUGGAGAUAAUUCCGCUUAGCUUAUUAGAUGAAUCCGAUACGUUUGAUUUGGAUGCUCUGAUAAGCAAUGACACUAAAGUCGACAUAGCCGACGUAUGGACAUUGUCAAACAUCGAAUCGCAAGAUGGAAGGCGUAGACUAGCUAAUGUCUUUCUCCAUGCAACCCAACAUGGGUUUCUCUAACUUUAAAACAUGAAGUUUAAAUUUUCGUCCGUGU